UGAUUGUUUAAUUGUCUAAAUUAAUCAACAAUUAAGUUUAUUGUUAAUUAAUUAAUAGUUUAAAGUGUUGUCCUGUUAUUAGUUCUUAUUGUUUUUCAAGUAAAUUUGGAAUUUGGUUAUUUAUUGAUUGACCAAAAAUGGUUGAAACUAAAACGAAGCUUCCCAAACAGGCGGCUGCUCCUGCUGCUGCUGCUGCUAAAAAAGUUGUCAAAGCCACUAAGGAGAAGAAAUCCACUGGUAAAAAACCACCUAUGACUGGAAAAACUCUUAAAUUAGUUCGUAAAUUGACAAGUCAUAAAGUUACUCGACCAUUGUGGGCUAAAAUCAAGCGAAUGGCUGCAAAGAAAGGUGUUCUUCCAAGUACUUUAGUCAAGAAGAAGCCUAAUUUUGUUGUGAAAAAAAUUGGAGGUGAAAAGAAUGGAGGCAAACGUUUGGUCAGAGUUAAGAAAGAGCAAAGAUACUAUCCAACUGAGGAUAAACCAAGAAAGCGAAAGACAGGAAAAAUCACUUUCAAAAUGCACAAAAAGACCUUUAAAAAGGGUAUUUCACCAGGUCGUGUUGUCAUCCUUUUAGCUGGUCGUCACAAGGGUAAAAGAGUAGUAGUUUUGAAAACUCUUCCUAGUGGUAUGCUAAUGAUAACUGGACCACACAAAAUCAAUGGAUGUCCUUUAAGGAGAAUGCAUCAAAGAUUUACCAUCGUUACUAGCACUAGAGUGGAUGUUUCUGGCGUCAAAAUACCUGAACAUAUUAAUGAUAAAUAUUUCAAAAGUCGUAAAUUUGCUCGACAAAAGGCUAAGGGAAAGAAAGGUGCAGGUAACAUUUUCGAGACUAAAUCUGCCGAUUAUAAACCAAACCUUCAACACCGUAAAGAUCAAGUUGAAGUUGACAAACAAAUAAUUGAAGCUAUUCGUAAACAUCCUGAAAAGAAGCUAAUGUUUGGCUAUCUCGGUUCAUAUUUCUGCCUUCGUAAUAACAUGUAUCCUCAUAAAAUGAAGUUUUGAUGGUUGACUCAGUAAAAAAAUAAGUUUUGGAAAUAAAUUAAAUCCAAGGAAAAACUAAAAAAAAAACUAAA